AUGCCUGCACAGAUUUGUCGCCAAAGACCACAUGGUCUCAAGCGAUUGUUCACAUCUUCGUCUUUGGGUUCUUUAGGUCCAAAUUCUCCAAGUAGCCCGAUUCACUUCUUUGAUAGGCCCAGUGAAUACCAGAAGGAAAUGGCACAAAGUAUGGGCACCUUGACUGGGCCAGCCAAGCUGGCCGCAGUAACCGAGCUCAUCGACAAACUGAACAAGGAUCUCGAGACUGUCAGUCUUCUCCCACAUCAACGUGAUGCGGCCUUGGAGGAGCUCAAAAUCUAUGGGAGAGAUCCAAGGAACGCCGAGCCCAUUUUCACCAAGACUGGCAUAGAAACUUUAGCUAGACAUGCGUUCAACAGCCCCUCGAGCACAACAUCGAGAAACGCUCUCCGAUGUCUGUGUAAUGCCUUGUUACUGAAGGCAGAAACACGGCAAAUCUUCAUUGACCUGAAAUUUGAGGCAAAGGCUUGCCUCAAGUUGAAGAAUGACAAUCGAGACGAUGAGUUCCUCGUUUCGAGGAUUCUCUUUCUUACCACGUAUGCCAAGGCUAAUCUACAAGAUCUGAUCGACCAACACCACAUUGCCGAAAGCAUUAUCAAGAAUCUGGAACGACACGCCAAACAUGCCGCAAGCGGAGCGGCGCCUACUGAUCCCAUGGAAGCCAUGGCUUUGAUUGAAACUUUGAAGCUUCUUUUCAACAUCACACACUAUUGCAGAGACAAGACUUCUUCAUUUACUCAGGCCAUCCCCCCUAUCGUCACUCUCCUCUGCACCGGAACAUACUCAAACACUCGACCAAAGCCCCUCGAUGCACCCGUGGUGAACCUGAUCAAUGCUCUCUUGAAUCUCGACCUCGGUUCCCCAGACAUUCACAGUUCACUGUACCCUGCUGCCGAGCCCAGACAGUUUUCGGAUCGUCUCAUCGACCUUCUCAAGUCAUCAAGUAAGGCUUACAAUGAUGAGGAGCUCGAGAACAAUGUUACUGCCUUGAUUGGCGUCAUUCGAGGUAUUCACGAAUAUGCUCCAGGCGAAGUCAAGACGGCAAUCAGAGUAGCAUUGCUACCCACGGCAGACGAUCGCAAGGAAGUCCUAGGUCGCGGUACUACGAUUGCGUCGUGGCUAUUACGCAACUCGACCAACCCGCUCACGCCGCAGCUCCGAGAGGCAAUUUCGGAGCUUCUGUUUGACAUGUCGGACAAGGACGCCACAACAUUUGUGGACAACGUCGGCUUUGGAUUCGCCUCUGGGUUUUUAUACAACAGAGGGCUUCCGGUUCCCAACAGUGCACAGGAGGCCUUUGCGGACGCCGAAGGGGAGGCUCAACCUGUCAACCCCGUCACGGGCCAGUUCCUCAACUCAGAACAAGCCCCAAAUGUCCCAGAGAUGACUGAUGCGGAGAAGGAGCGAGAAGCUGAACGACUAUAUGUACUGUUCGAAAGAUUGAGAGCAAACGGCAUUAUUUCUGCAGAGAAUCCAGUCCGGGUCGCCCAGCAGUCAGGACGCUUCGAGGAAUUGUCAGACGACGAUGAGCUCGACUAG